AUGAGCUUUUCAGCCCAAAUUGAACAAAUUCAUCAAAUUAGGUUCAACAUGAAACAUUAUUUGCGCUUGGGCGCACAUAUUCUUGUUCUACAUGCUCUCCCCAUCGAUCUCGGCCAGGGAAGAGAGAAACUAGGCGGCGACUUCAUCGCGCGACCCCUGCAUACCCGACGUAGCCGUCUCGGUUUAUCUAUUAUGGAUCCAAGGACUUCAGAUCAGUGGUCAGAGAGCAAGAGCUAG